AUGCCACGCUCCUUCCUGGUGAAGAGCAAGAAGGCUCACACCUACCACCAGCCCCGAGCCAGGGAGGAUGAGCUGCUCUGGCCGCCGGCCCUUGGCCCUGUGGCCAGGGACCAGGUCCCGAGCAUCAGCCCCGUCCUCAGCUCCCUGUUCCCAAACCAGCACCUGGGCUGGACGGACCUCAAACGGGAGCCGCAGCUGGAGCUGGAGCAGAGCUCAAUGACCCGGCUGGCCUCGGGCCCAGAAGGACCUGCCGUGACGUCCCGACCCCAGGAUGGGGACUCGCCCUCCUCUGACUCACCCCCAUUCUACAAGCCCAGCUUCUCCUGGGAUGCCCUGGCUUCCUCCUACGGCCACAGCUACCGGCAGGCCCCCUCCACCAUGCAGUCUGCCUUCCUGGAGCGCUCCGUCAGCCUGUAUGGCAGCCCUCUGGUGCCCAGCGCCGAGCCACCUUUGGACUUCAGCCUCCACUAUUCCCCAGGCAUGGACGCAUACCACUGCAUCAAGUGCAGCAAGGUGUUCUCCACCCCUCAUGGGCUGGAAGUGCACGCCCGCCGCUCCCACAGCGGGACCCGGCCCUUCGCCUGCGACGUCUGCGGGAAAACCUUCGGCCACUCCGUGAGCCUGGAGCAGCACACGCACGUCCACUCCCAGGAGCGCAGCUUCGAGUGCCGGAUGUGCGGCAAGGCUUUCAAGCGCUCGUCCACCCUGUCCACGCACCUGCUCAUCCACUCGGACACGCGGCCCUACCCCUGCCAGUUCUGCGGCAAGCGCUUCCACCAGAAGUCUGACAUGAAGAAACACACCUAUAUCCACACGGGUGAGAAGCCACACAAGUGCCAGGUGUGCGGGAAGGCCUUCAGCCAGAGCUCCAACCUCAUCACCCACAGCCGGAAGCACACGGGCUUCAAGCCUUUCAGCUGUGAGCUGUGCGCCAAGGGCUUCCAGCGCAAAGUGGACCUGCGACGGCACCGUGAGAGCCAGCACAACCUCAAGUGA